CCCCCCCGCCCCCUCUCUCUGUACUCUGUCCUCUUUCCUCCGUUGGUCUCAAAAAGCUGGCUUCAAGUUAAACUUCCACAGGCCACCGCGGGUUUAGAGGCCACUGCCUGACACUCUGUUGCCAGGAUGGCAGGGGCAGAUAGAGACGAGGCUGAGGCAAAAGUCAGUUCUAAAAUGUGCCCGACUGCAUUCGUGAGACGCUGGCUACCGCUGGCCUACAGAGAGGAACUGCACCAGGUCUUGAAGCUCACAGGUCCACUGCUGCUGUCCCGAAUCCUGAACAUCCUCCUGCCCACCGUCAUCACCAUAUUCUGUGGACACAUAGGGAAUGCCGCACUGGCUGGAUACGCUCUGGGCUCAGCGUUUAUUAACGUCACAACAGCUGCAACAGGCUUUGGUUUAUCCGUGGCUUCUGACACGUUGAUUUCUCAGACGUACGGUAAUAAGAACAUGAAACGGGUCGGAGUUAUCCUCCAAAGGAGUAUUAUCAUCCUCCUGCUGUUCUGUUUACCUUGUUGGGCUGUCCUCAUAAACUCCUACCAGUUACUGAUCCUUCUGCAUCAGGAGGAGGAGGUGGCAAGAAUCGCUCAGCUCUAUUUGUUAGUGUUUCUACCAGCCGUUCCAGCUAUGUACCUGCACCAGCUUCAAGUUUCUUAUCUACAAAACCAGGGAAUUAUCCUUCCACAGAUGUACACAUCCGUAGCAGCGAACAUCAUUAACGCUGGUGUCAAUUAUGUCCUUAUUAUCAGUCUAAAGAUGGGGAUUCUUGGAUCAGCGAUUGCUAACAGCCUUUCUCAGAUCAUCAUCUGCCUGCUUCUGUUUGGAUACAUCAGGUGGAAGAAACUCCAUGAACCAACAUGGGCAGGCUGGUCCAUUGACUCUCUGCGGGAAUGGGGUUCCUACAUGAAGUUGGCUCUUCCCAGUUUAUUUAUGGUUUGCCUUGAAUGGUGGAUCUGGGAUGGUAGUAGUUUCCUGUCAGGUCUACUUGGAGAGUCAGCCCUCGCUGCUCAGCAUAUUUUGGAUGAAAUUGGAACCAUAGUAUACAUGAUUCCUCUAGGUGUCAAUGCAGCGGUCUGUGUGCGAGUUGGCAACGCUCUUGGGGCUGGAAACAGUGCCAGGGCCUUAGUCACGACCAAAGUGUCAUUGGUUUUAUCAGGGACUCUUGGCGUCCUUCAGGGCAUCAUCAUUGUCAGCUGUAAGUCAGUCCUUGGCUACAUAUUCACCUCAGAUACGAACAUUGUUCAGAUUGUCUCACAGUGCCUCAACGUUUAUCUGUUCAUCCAGUUCUUUGAUGCAGUACUGUGUGUCUGCACAGGGAUUCUUGUGGGAUGUGGGAUGCAAAAAAUUGCUGCCGUUUCCAACCUGGUUGGUUACUACUGCGUCGGAAUGCCGGUGGGGAUAGCUCUGAUGUUUCCUGCUAAACUGGGACUUUUAGGCCUGUGGCUGGGUCUUUUGACCUGCGUUAUGGUUCAAACAGGGUUAUUUCUCACCAUUAUCUACACACUUAACUGGAAUAAAGUCUCACAAAAGGCUCAAAAGCGAGCUGGAAAGAAAGUGCUAUCAGUAGUGAAAAGUGCACUUGUUACAGACCAGAACGAGGUGUUGGUUUCUGAUGUCUCAGAUGGUUUCGGCACUGUCCGUUUGGAGGACGGAACAGUUUCUGAAGGAGACGGUUACAGUCCAGUCACCACACAGGACCAGGGGCUGAAACCAGGUCACAACACUAAUGUGGGUCUGGGUGAGAAGAAUCCAGACCAGAGCAAAUCGGCCUCAACAACCAAACCUCAACAACUGCUCUCUGUCACUCAGCUGUUCUUACGUCGGGGACUCACUGCCUUGGUUUUGGUCCUUGCUCUGACUGUCGGUGUUGCUUUCCAUAUUGCUUUUCCUGUGCCGGAGUUUUCUGCUCAAGCCAGUGCCAACUCAACUAUGAACUGGCUCAAUGUCUCUGCUCCUACAAUGUUACCUCUUCUGGACACAACACUACACCUCUGAGAUGUUGACAUCUACUGGAUGAAUACAGUUCUUGCAAGCAGACAUUAGAGUCCAUUUUUUUUCCUGGAGUGAAAAGGAGUGAAUUUCUAAGCUGCACAUGAAGUCACAAACCCGUGGUCUCACUGCCUGAACCUGUAGCACUGUAUGCUUCGGUCAUUUCCAAAGACAGGGUCCGGACCCAGAAUCGGGUCUUGUUUUAAUAAAUAAACAUGUGAAUCAUUAUAUAUUUAUGGCUCAUAUAUAAAUGAUAUAACCCUGAUAGAAACCUUGACAAUAAUAAUAAUAAUAAUAACUCUGAAAAAACUGUUGUUUUGCUGCACUGCAUUAUAACCAGUGAGUCAAUCACAGGUUCCUUCAGCCACUGUGUCACAAGUUCUGGUUGAAUAACAGUGACAACACAAUCUUCAAAUCCACUCUUGUUAAUGAUGCCACAGCAUGUCACUGAUUGCAGUCUCUGAAGGUGAGCAGGCUAAAAUUACAGUCUCUGUGAGGAGCCAGUGUCUCUGCUGAUGAUUAACACUGAAGCUCAGGCAACUAUUUAACCAAGAAUCAAGCUUUAUUUACAUGUUUGAUAACAUGUAAAUAAAGCUUGAUUCUUAUUCCUAUUCUUUCAGCUGGUAGGACUGGAGACAUCAUGAACUGCACAGUUACCUAGGAUUUUAGGUGAAUUAUUAAAUUCUAUUUCCACUGGAAAGAUUUCGGUGGCACUGACGCGAACGUCACUGUGUGAAUCAUUGUUUUUAUUGAACCAGUAUCCCUUCUGUUUUACGUUAGAGUACAGAAGAAAAGCAAAAUAUGUUUUUGCUUCUUCUAUUCAAAUCUCUAACUAGUGUUAGAAUUACUGAUCUGCAUUCACAACAGAAAAAUGUAAUUAACAAGCCUGUUUUUUAAAAUCUAACCCUCCUGCAAAAUUGUUUUGAUCUGAUACCAUAAAAAAUGCAGGUUAAAUUACAUGCUGAUUUAAGAUCAUGUAAUUACCAACAGCAUUAUUUUAUCCUAUAAAAAUAAAGUUGACCUGAAUUAACCUGCUA